AGUAUAUAUGGAGUAAUACCUUAUAUUGCACCAGAAAUAUUUAAAGGCGUCAAAUUUUCUAAAUCAUCUGAUAUUUAUUGUAUGAUUAUGUGGGAAUUAACAACUGGUUGUAAACCUUUUGCUAAUGUUGAACAUGAUGUUGAUUUAAUUUAUAAAAUUAUUGAUGGAAAACGGCCUAAUAUUACUGAUGGCACUCCCGAAGAUUUUGCUAAUUUAAUGAAAAUCCUGAUCCUAAAAAGAGACCUUCAGCAACUGAUGUUUGUGAAAUUUUUAAUUCUUGGUCAAAUAUGGGAAUGGAUGCCAAAUAUUUUAAUCAAGCUGAAGAAAAUAUAUUACAAAAGAAUAUGUGUUCGAUAUAAACUAAUUGUUUUGGCCAAUUCAGUAUCAAAAUAA